UUGACGCGCAUUCGCUCGCGCGCGCCUGAGACGCACCUUCUGACAUUCGUUCAUUCGCGCAAGAAAAAGAAGAAUUGCGACUUUUUGUGUCAAGAUUUCAGUCGUUUUUCAAAGAGUAGACGAGUCCGCGAGCGCCAGACUAAACACUGGGAUGAAGCCGAGCCUUAAAAAAAUGACAUUAACUGUAUCUGGACGUCAACAUCCAUAAACAAUGAGAGACGGUCUUCAUAUCCAGGAGGAGGGUGUAGAGCCGAUCCAGGGUUGUAUUUUCCUACAGACUCGUUGACGGACAGCCAGAAGACAGCAAAGCCACACAGAGGUCACCAUGCCAGAGCAGGAUCGCCGGGACAAGGCGGGCCCUGGAGAAGAGGGACCUCAGGAGUCCAGGGCCGCCAAAGGUGACACCCUGGAGCCGGAAGAGUUCAGCGACCUUACAGAUAAGUUGAAACAUUCGGCAAGAACUUUCCAAGGAAAUGAAAGCAAAAGCGAUUCUGCUGGACUCAAAGUUGAAGUAGGUGUUGCAAAAACAGAGAGAGCUCCCGAACCCCUCAAGGCCGAUUGCUUGUUGAGGGGGACGAGUGUGGACCUCGACGAUGUGGACAACCACAAAGACGCGUCGCAACGGAUGAACAGCAGCAGCGAUUCGGACUACGGCAGCACGAAAUCCAGCCCCGGUUACGGCGGCAGGGGCUUCGGCGCAGACGUCUGCGGGCAAGAGCUGCUGGAGCUCGAUAGGAAAUCGUUUGAGAAGACAAGCACCAUCUCGCCCUUGAAUCUCUGUGACCCCACCGCCGAGAAAUCCGAGUCCAGCAAGACCGGCCCCAGCGGCGCAGACGACGAGUCCCAGACAGACCCGAAACAGGCCGACGCUUCGCCCGGGGACGUCUCGCCCACUUUCCCCGACGCCCCGUCCGACGCCAGCCAGCCGAGAGACAGCAUCGACGUCAGGUGGGACGAGGAGGACGAGGCGGACGAGGACGACGGGCGAAGCACCCAGUCCAGGCGCAGCGCCCGGGAGGUGAAGGAGUCGGUGUGCUGCUGCUACCACGCCGUCCACGGCGCCUUCCUGCGCUGCGUGGAGGAGACGCCGGCCAUGCUGUCCGGACUGGUGCUGUCUCUGCUCUUCUGCAUCGCCAUGAUCGUCCUCAUUCCCACCACGGGACGGUUUUCUCUGGAGAACCCUUUCACCCACGUGGGCGCCCUGGCGGUGGUUUGCAUCGUCCUCUGCCUGAGUGCAAAUCUCUUCGUCUGCCUUCCCUGGCUGGCGACCGUGAGGCGCUGCGGCGGGGCGCUCGCCCUGUUCGUCUGGGGGACGCUGUACGUCGUCGCCAUCGUCUUCAUGUUCACAGGGGGGCCGGUCACAGCGUGGGAACAGGUUGCGUUCUUCCUCUUCCUGUCCGUGAGUGUGUACACGGUGCUGCCUCUCUCUCUGGCCUGGGCCCUGCUGGUUGGGUUUGGGACCAGCCUCUCACACAUCAUCAUCGUCAGCGUCUACGUCUCCGCCAAGAGCCCCGAGACGCCGGCUCUGGCCGAGCAGCUGGUGGCAAACGCCGUGCUCUUCGCGUGCGCCAACUGCGUGGGGGUCUUCCACCUGUGGAUGACGGAGCACGAUCUCAGGAUAUCCAAUCGGAAGAGGGAGAGGUUCAGCGCCGUUCGCUCCCAGAAGGAAGUCCGGAAAUACCAGCAGGAGCAGCUCCUCCUGUCGGUGUUGCCGCGAUACAUCGCCGUGGAGCUGAAGACGGAGGUGAUCAAGAGGCUGUCCGAGCCCAAGGACAGGGAGGAGAAUGAGUCCAACUUCCACAACUUCCACAGCCUUUUCAUACGGCAGCACAAAGACGUCAGCAUCCUGUACGCCGACAUUGUGGGCUUCACGAAGCUGGCGAGUGCCUGUACUCCUCAGGAGCUGGUCGCGAUGCUGAAUAAGCUUUUCGGAAGAUUUGACGACAUCGCCAAGAAGAACGGGUGUCUUCGCAUUAAGAUCCUCGGUGACUGCUAUUAUUGUGUGUCCGGACUGCCCGACCCCAUCCCCACCCACGCCAGCAACUGCGUUCAGAUGGGGCUGGACAUGUGCACCGCCAUCGGCAAACUGCGAGAGGCGACGGGCGUUGACAUCAACAUGCGGGUUGGCGUUCACACCGGCAACGUUCUCUCCGGCGUGAUCGGCUUGCAGAAGUGGCAGUACGACGUGUGGUCGCACGACGUCACACUGGCCAAUCACAUGGAGUCUGGAGGCCUGCCGGGGCGAGUUCACAUCACGGAGGAGACGCUGCGGCACUUAGACGGAGCGUACCAGGUGGAGGACGCAGACGGAGGAAGCCGGGAUUCUCUUCUUAAAGGCAGAAAAACCUUCUUUGUGAUUGACCCUCACAAGCUGGACAGCGCGUCCAAGAGGCCCAAAGGGGCCACCACUCUGGUAGCGAUGGAGAACCGGCAGCGGGCGUCGGUCCGGAUGUCCCAGUACCUCCAGUCCUGGCGCACCAUCCACCCGUUCGCAGACCUGAGCAACCCCAACGCCAAGCCCUCCAAGAAGAAACUCAUCCUGGGCAAUUUCAUGAUCAACCAGUCCCACCUGUCGCCAGCAAGGCGGCAUCGUCAGAGCACCUCCUCCUCUUUGGACGUUGAUAUUCAAGUUAAGGGCUCACUGGACACGUUGGACACUGCAGGGAGGAGAGCGAGAAGACUCAACUGUUUGACCCUGCUGUUUAACGACCUCAGUUUGGAGAAGCAGUUUUGCCUGUCAGAGGUGAAUGGCCUACACCAGUCGAUGAGCUGCCUGGCCAUGAUAUUCGUCACGCUGUUUGCCGUUCAGUUGCUGGUGUCUGAAAAGAACUUCGAGUUGGCGGUGUCUUACGGCGCCACCAUCCCUGUGGUUGUGCUGCUUCUGUCGAUCUCGUUCACCGGAUACUUAGAGAAAUGGCGCUCCAAGAUGCCGCAGAGCGUCCAGUGGAUUUCUGGUCUGUCCCGCAGUCUCUCCACUAACGCAGCGUUCCGGCUCUUCCUGAUCAUCCUGUGUGUUCUCAUCACCCUCCUGAUGGCCAUCCUCAACUACGUCUUCCUCCCAGGACAAAAUUGCACUUCAAUCGCCAACCAGACAGAGUUAGAAGGUCUUAAGCUUUACACUGGUCCUUACUACCUCUACUGCUGCCUGGUGGCCAUGCUGGGCGUGAUCGUCUUCAUUCGGACCUGCCUGUUGGUGAAGUUUCUGCUGCUCACUCUGGCCGUGGUGGUUUACCUCGCCCUCUUCAUCCACGUCUACGCCGAGAGGUCCACCUGCCUCAUUGACCUGCUGUACAACGACACCCAGCCCGGAGUGCUGAAGGACCCUCAAAUCAUGUCCGGAGUUUGGCUGGUCAUCUUUUACAUCGUAAGCCUCAUUCUCGCCCGACAGGACGAGCUGGGAUGCCGUGUAGAUUUCCUGCUGGAGCGUUGUUUCCACUGGGAGAGAGAGGAGAUGGAGACCAUGGAGAACGUCAACAAGCUCCUCCUUCAGAACGUCCUGCCGCACCACGUCGCCUCCUUUUUCAUGGGCAAAUCCGUCCGCAACCAAGACCUGUACAGUCAGUCCUAUGACUGUGUGUGUGUGAUGUUUGCGUCCGUGCCCGAGUUCAAAAACUUUUACAGUGAGAGCAGCGCUAACAACGACGGUCUGGAGUGUCUGCGCUUCCUCAACGAGAUCAUAGCGGACUUCGAUGAGCUUCUCUCCAAACCCAAAUUCUCCUCAGUGGAGAAGAUCAAGACCAUCGGCAGCACCUACAUGGCAGCUGCCGGGCUGACGUACACACCUCCGGGGGAUGAAAGAAAGAAAGACAGUGAGAUGUCCUACAGCCACGUGCGCGCCAUGCUGGAGUUUGCCAUCGCUCUGAGGAACAAACUGGAGCGCAUCAACACACACUCUUUCAACGUCUUCAAGCUCAGGAUCGGACUAAACCAUGGUCCAGUGAUCGCAGGAGUUAUCGGAGCCCAUAAACCUCAAUAUGACAUCUGGGGAAACACGGUUAACGUGGCCAGCAGGAUGGACAGCACUGGAGUGCUGGACAAGAUACAGGUGACGGAGGAGACAGGCGUGAUCGUGGAGAGCGUGGGAUACAGCAUCACGCUCAGAGGAAAAAUCAACGUGAAGGGAAAAGGCGAGCUCACCACCUACUUCGUGAACACAGAUCAGUCGUCUCCUCCGUUCUGAUCGGACUCUGAACCCUCAUCGCAGGCCGCCCCGUGUUUGGUUUAAUGAACCUGGCGGACCAGUCUGUUGAAGGCGACCCGACGCCCAGCGUGACUCAGGCCAUUGAAACACAGUCAGUGGCAAGAACUGCAAACAAAACGCCACGGCUUGUAGCCUGCAAUUAUGAGCUGCAGUGACUCAAUGCUGAAACGGUGACGUAACAUCACAGGAUAGCGCCCGUUCAUCGGUUACAUCCUGGAAGCGACUGCCUUUGUCUUUUCGACGAGACACUAAAUAAAUGUCUGACUGGUAACAAGGAGGAUUGAAACCAAAAAAACUUGACAACUGAAAGUGGAGAGCCUUGUGCUUGUUGUCUCUUCCACCAUGUGAAAUGUAACUUUUUACUGUAUUAUUUUGAAGAUUUGUGAUUUGAAAUAUAUUUGUCUGGUACACUUAAACAUGGCUGAAUCACUUGUGUUGUCCAGUUAUAACGCACUGUCAGUGAAUAUGGAUAUUUUAUCAGAAAUAAAGGUACCAAACAAUAUUGGUGUUUAAUGAAGGAUCUUCAAGUGGCUUUUAUCUUACGUGGUCAUUUUACAACGUUUACUGACAUUUUUUUUUUAUACUUUUCUCACUCCAGCUUAAAUUUCCUAUAAUUGUAUCAUUAAAACUCAGACAUACUUUGCCUGCCGUCAUUUAACUUGUCAUAUCUGGACAAACACAAUCUGUUCGUGUGUGUUUUCCUGAUACCCUCCAGCGGUUUAUGGGUUAGGAAGGAAAAUAUGCUUAUCCUAUGCAAAAUGGAUUGAUUCCUCCAAAAUGUGUCAGCUUUCAUUGUGAUACCUCAAUUAUUGUUCAUUAUUCAAACACUUCAGCUGGCCAGUUACUUUAGUAAUAUAGCUUUAAAAUGUUUUUUUGUUUUUUUUUUAAGCCCAAAUGUAAAUUUUUGUUCUGACAGCAACUUUAAGCUGGCAUGUGAGUUAGAGAAUUGCACUUUCUAAUUUGUUAUGUUUUUAAAGGGUAUUGUGCACUUUUGAUUGUACACAGGAUGUUUCUCCUGUUUCUGUGAGGUCUGAUGACAAGUGUGAAUGGAAAAACAAAAACUUGUGAUAUGUUUAGCUCUGGGAAAUAUUUUUUCUAUCCUAUUUAUAGACGAUUAAAGUUAAUAACC